CACAACACCGGAAACAAGCGGUUGGUGUUACACAGAAUUCUGUCCCCCUUGUGUGUCGCCGGGUUUGUGAACUCUGUUAACAUGGCCAGUGCGGUGUGUGCCAGAGUUCUCCUUCAGAGAUCAACACAGGGAUUUCUCUUCUCCUCCAGGCCAGUACCCGCUUUCUCAAGCCCAUUUCUGUCUCGUGCACAUAAAUUGGGUCCCAGCGAUGAUGAAAUGUACCAGCGUACCUCAGUGUCCGUCAUGCAGAAGGAGCCGGGCAGCGGGGUCAUGAUCCACAGCUACAGUUCCAGAGGAUUCAACAUUGAUGGCAACAAGGUGAUUGGACCCUGUGCUGUGCUGCCUCCUGCUAUCCUCCAGUGGAAUGUUGGCAGUUAUAAAGACAUCACAGAAGAAAGCGUCUCACUUUUUUACAUGCUUGAACCAAGAAUAGAGAUUCUUGUGCUGGGCACAGGUGCACGUGUGGAACGAAUUAACCCCUCAGUCCUCGCUCUACUCAAGCGUAAAGGCAUCGCUGUGGAGGUGCAAGACACGCCAAAUGCAUGUGCAACCUUCAACUUCCUGACCAAUGAGCGAAGAGUGGCAGCCGCUGGUUUGAUCCCUCCGCCCAUCAGCACGGAGCUGGAAGUGAGACAGGAAUAAGUGUUGCAAUGUCAACAGAAGCUAGAACUGAUUUUUGCAGAUGGAGGUUUGAGGUUUAUGAACGAUCCCAGGCCUGUCGGAUGGUUAUUCUUUUCCUGCACAAGCUUCCAAAUGAACAAACUCAGUGGCUCUAAAGAAUCACUAUAUUUGGUUACAACUGUUAUUUUUUUUGGAGAUGGUGUUAAAACAUCCGUUGUCACCACCCAGUGAUCUGAGCAGUGACCUGGCUCAGAGAGACUGUAAUGUAAGGUGAACACUGUUCUUGUAUAGAAAUACUGUGUUAUGUUUAUGAUGUAUGUAUGUAUGUAUAUAU